CUUCCAGACUAAAUUCCAAUUGCUUCCACACAUUUUUGUACUCCUGUCCUGUUGAAUUCUUAAUCGGAUCGUACAAUGAGUACGAAUGGUAUUUAUGCAUUGCUCUCCGAGUUUGGGAUCCAAACGACCAAUGGCUGGGAUGCUUCGAAUGGGUCUAAACUGCACAUGCGUAACGAGUUGAUAGCCCUGCUUGAACUGUCUGAUACGGUUGAUUUGGAUGCUGGUCCAGCUGAUGGAUUCAAUGUCCUUUUGGCAUCCCUUGUCGUUGAGCGGCUUCUCCAAUUCCGCGAGCUGGUUACCAGUUACGACGCUUGUCUGUCGCAAAAAUCUACAUCACCGCGCCGCCGACAUCUUUUACUUCAAAUCCACAAAUGCGCAGUGCGUUCCAUCACGUUACUGGCCAAACUCAUUAUGGCUGUUUCCUCUUCAAACUUGUCCCGUGACAAGAUCAAAUCACAGUUGGAUAUCAUCUUGAUCAUUCUUCGAAUGGAAACUUCGAAGGUAGCUUCUUCAACCCACCACAUCUAUGGCUUCGACGCGACAUCAUCAAAAUUGGGACCUAUGACGCAGUGGUGUUUAAGCACUGAUGGCUCCGACGCAUAUUUCGAAUAUUGUGGUCAGCUCGGAUCAAGGUGGUUUUUGGAGGAAAGAACUCCCCUGAUAGGGAUAUUGUACUUCACUCUGCCAAGAGGUGGUGUCCAAUUCUCAUCCCAUCAGUGCAUCAGUAAGCCGUACGGAUUCCAUGGUAAAUGUACCACUCAGACAGGUAACACAGAAGGCACCAACGAUGCAGUGAUUCAUGACGAUCCUUACAACGCUGUAAUUCCGUACAGCGAGUUACAGCAACUGGUUUUUGCGCAACUUGACCAAGCGGAACCAGACAAAACCGGCGCUGACACAUCCGUUUCUUCAAAAUGGCAACGAGCUUAUGAAGUUAGUGGAGUUCUGGACAUCCUUCGAACUGUUUCUGCCACAGUAAGGCACCCCACCGUCCAACAUACGCUGUCUACUUUUACGGCUCACCCGGUCGGAUUUGGUUCCAGUGAUCCCCUCUCAGAGUCGCUGCUGUCAGAAGUAAAGGCCCAUUUGCUGGAAAUGCGUGGGUUGCAUUCGCAAUGGUCCAACCAAUCUGACCCAUCGGUGACGCGCACCUUAAGCAACAGGUCCUUAGUGACGAUGCACCGGUCCACCACUAGAGAAGUGAUCAAGCUAUCCACUCCGCCACCAGAUCAGAAGCGGGUGCCCUUUACCCUGGAGGAAUCUCUUGCACUGUGGCAAGGCUUUCUUGAACAUCGGGACGCAGUGGAUUGUUGGGUACGUGUAUGGAGACAGUCUUUCCGACGAAGUGGGCGCAGGCCAGUGGACCUCAAAGACCGCUGGCGUGUGAUCCAACGCAGCGCGACACUUAACCGAACAAUUGCUGAGGCGUAUGAACGAUGGAAGUCUGAGAAGGAGUGCAACAACAGGGUCCCUACUUUGAUUAUUGUACGUUCAUCCUGA